GGUGGAGUUCGUCGUCCUGCCCUCCACGCACGUCUCCGUCGCUCUAAAGCCUGAGCUUCGUACUCCCAUCGCCCGCUGAAACCAUGACGACGACGAAGAAAAAGAAAGCGAGAGGCAGCGCACUUAGGGCUUCGUAACCUCGCUUAACACCGAACGAUAUCGAGUUUUUUCUAAAUGAAAUUACUCGCGGGGAGGAACGGGUGCUGGUGGGUCGUAGCAGGGAGUUGGUGUGGGGAGUGAAGAGGGAAGGGGGUUUGUCUGGAUUGCGCGUUUGGGAAUGGGGUUGCAGGGGAGAGGCUGUCCCGAUUUGUGAUUUUGGUGGUAGGGUUUGCCGGUGUGAGGAAUUUUGGGAGGGAGAGAUGGAGCAGGGAGGGAGUCAAAGGCAAGGACAUUACCACAGUCAUGGCCAGCACAUGCCAUCGCCGUCGCAAGAGAGUUUGACGUUGGGGAAUGUGCCUCCGCCUCCGACGUUUGGUGCAGGAUCUCUUGACCCGGCGAGGGCUGCUGCCGCUGCCGCGCAACCGUUGUUGCGUCAUGCAGUUUCUGCGACACCGGGUCUUGUGCCUACCCCCUCCUUGCAUUCUCAUUCCCGUCAAGGCCAUGAUCAUGUGGAGCAUCAUUCUGAUGGAGGAGAGUUUCCAGCUGCGAAUGGUGAUGAAGGGUUAGGAGCUUCGGUGUUGCGGACAGCGCAGUCAAUGCCGGUCAUUCCCAUGGGGCCUCCUCCUGCUUCGAGCGGAAGCCUGUUGCCCAGCUUUGCCACCCCCUCGCAAUAUGCAGGUCCUCCUGCUCCUCCGAAGUUCAGCAGCCCUCCUCGGCCAUUACAACCUGAGUACGAUGUGCAGCCGCCCAGAAUACCUUCCAAUUUCGCAGAGAUUCCGUUAGCUCCUCAUUCACCAGCACAGCGGGCUGAUAAUGGACUUGCUAGCCCAUCAGGGGUUGGCAGCUAUGGAGGAGUGUCGGAAGAGGAAUUCGAUGCGUACAACUUGUCUGCCUCCGCGCCCUUUUUGUUGUUUUCAGCUCAAAAGGUAUUGAGUGAGAGGAAGCUCAUGAACACACCCAGCUUGGGGUUUGGAGCUCUGGUCUGUCCAGGAAGAGAGAUUGAGCCAAGCCCACCGGUAAUUAUGCAUGAGCCCUUUCGUUGUCAAAAUUGCGGAGCGUAUGUCAAUCAGCACAGCACUAUUGCACCACGUACUGGAUCCUGGAGCUGCACGUUUUGCAAAAAAUCUAAUGAGAGCAACGGAGAGUAUAGGGCUGCUAGCAUUGAUGACCUGCGUAAUUGGCCUGAGCUUGCGACAAGUGUUGUCGAUUAUGUCGAUUCAGGUACACGACGCCCUGGUUUUGUGUCUGUGUCUGAAGCAAGCAUGAGUGCUCCAGUGGUGUUGCUAAUCGACGACAGCUUGGACGAAGAACAUUUGGCGCAGUUGCAAGAGUCGUUGCACACAUUUUUAGACUCCCUUUCUUCUGCGACACGGAUUGGGAUUGUUACUUACGGACGAACAGUAUCUGUCUUCGAUCUUUCAGAGUCGGGGGUCGCUGCAGCAGAUGUCCUUCCUGGCGAUUCCGGCUUAAGUCACGAACUUAAGCAGAUGCUAAUAUAUGGAACAGGAGUAUAUCUCGCUCCUAUUCAUGUGUGUCUUUCUAUAGCUCACAGCAUUGUAUCUGCUCUACGUCCGUAUCGAGGGGGCUUAGCUGAGGCAAUGAGGGAGCGAUGCAUAGGUACAGCUGUUGAUGUGGUAUUGGCCCUUAUUCAAGGUCCAGCAACAGAGCUUCCAGUGAGCACAUCCAAGCGUUCCGGUGGAAGGAGUCGCGUGCUGCUCUGUGUUGGUGGACCAAAUACGUUGGGUCCUGGAUCGCUUCCUUACUCUACGAACCACCCAAAUUAUCCGUAUAUGGAGAAAAAAGCUACAAAACAUAUGGAGCAUCUCGGGCAGGAAGCUCGACGACUGGACAUAGCAGUGGAUAUUUUGUGUGCUGGGACCUGUCCCGUGCGGAUCCCUACUUUACAACCAUUAGCGAGCGCCUCUGGAGGUCUGUUGGUAUUGCAUGAUGACUUUGGGGAGGUCUACUGCACCAAUUUGCAACGUGCAGUUCGGCGCUCCACAGGUUUCAGAGGAAUAUUGGAGAUUCGCUGUUCCGACGACGUUGCCGUGACUCGUGUAAUAGGACCAGGAGAGGAGGCCCAUGUAGGGACCCGUUCGGGGCAGUUUCGGAAUGAUACAUCUACAGCAGUGCGCUUACUAAGUGUUGAAGAUUGUCAAGCAUUUGCAAUCAUCAUAGAAUUGGAAGACGAUUUAGAAGAAAGUCAUGUGCACUUCCAGAUUGUUGCGAGAUACAGCAGUGUGCACCAAGCGGAAGUGACUAGGGUUAUGACCGUGCGCUUGCCAACUACAGACACCUUGACGGAUUACUUGCACAGUGUGGAUGAUGAGGUGGCUGCAGUUCUAAUAGCAAAGAAGACGGUGUUGGAGGCAAAGACUACGCGAGAUGCGGCUGAUAUGCGAGCGUCUGUAGAUGAGAGGGUUAAAGAUAUUGCUGUGAAGCUUGGGAAUAAUGCUACUAAGUCUAAGAUACUGCCUUUUCCUUCAAGUCUUUCAAGGAUGCCAGAACUCUUGUUUCAUUUGAAGCGUGGGCCUUUAUUGGGCAGCAUCAUAGGGCAUGAAGACGAGAGGGCCGUUUAUAGGAAUCUUUACUUGCAGGCGGGAUUCGAGUUGUCUUUACGCAUGAUAGCUCCAAGGUUACUUAUGCAUCGGGAGGCAGGCACCUUCGAGGAGUUACCUGCACAUGACGUGGCCAUGCAGUCGGACUCUGUGAUUGUCUUGGAUCAUGGCACUGAUGUCUUCAUUUGGACAGGUUUGAGAGUUGUGGCGGAUGAAGCUAGAAAUGCAGAAGCACAAGCAGCUUGUCGUACCCUUGUCCAAGAACUUACAGAGCAGCGUUUUCCAGCUCCUCGGAUGCUUUCAUUUAAGGAGGGAAGUUCCCAAGCUCGGUACUUGCAGUCAAGGUUAAUACCCGCACACAAAGAUCCUCCUUAUGAGCAGGAGGCUAGGUUCCCCCAGUUACGAGUUCUCACCGUUGAGCAAAGAGCGCGUUUGAAGAGCAGUUUUUUGCCCACUGAUGAUCUGAGCUUCUGUGAAUGGAUGAGACGCCUUAAGCUUAGUGUUUGAUGAACCAUGCCAUAUUUCUUCUUAAUUGAACUGUGUAAAUGUCGAAUUCAUUCUUAUUAUAUUUACCUGUCACGUUAGAAGAUGUCUUCAUGAGCUUUUGUUGACCUCUCAAUUUCGCCCGAGACAUAUACACGUUUUGGUAAAUAUAGUCCACAUAUUGGUGAUAAGCAGUGAGUCAGCGAAGGUGAAGUUUACAUCACCACUAUGUUAUGGCUUGAAGUGCAUUGACAUUCAUUUUAAGUUGUAUUCCACUUAUAGGAUAUGACAAGUCACUUGAAUCUCU